AUGGAUGAUACGAUUAACUCCUUGGAUAAUAUAUAUUGGGAGACACAACCAAAAGGUAUGCUUAAAGGCAAUGGGGUUGAGGUUAUGAUACAUGAUGAAAUAAGAAGGCAGCAAAACCCUUUGCGGGAUACACCAGAUAGAUGUGAUGAGAUGGGUACUGUUCUGACAGAAAAUUUUGAAUCGAAUGAGGAAGAAUAUAGUGGUUAUAAUGAUUGGGAUAAUGAGGGUGAUGAUAUUGGUGAUGAUGGAAGUGGUAGUGAUAAUGGUGGUGAUGAGGAAUGUGAUGAUGUUGGUGAUGAUAAUGAUGAAAACAGUGGUGACAACAAGGGUGGUCAUGAAGCAGGAGUUGGUCCAAGUGGAUUAGCUAAGGAAAGUUUGCUUCAUAACACUCCAACAAUGCAUGGCCAACCCAUUCCUAUUAAUGUACAAGUUACAAAUCCUUUUUUCGGUGGUCCAGAUCCUUAUAGGGAUGUAGAAAACGAGGGUAUUGCAUUACAUUCAAUUCCACCACGAGAUAGGAGAAUCAAAGUGAAUGAUCAAUUUACAUCUAAACAGGUGUUGAUAGAUACAAUGUAUAGGGAUGCUUUGGAAAAAGGCUAUCAGAUCAAGGUGGCUAAUUCAAACAAAAAAAGAUGGGAUAUCAAAUGUGCACACGUUCAAUGUAAAUGGAAGGCAAGUGGAGUUAAAUUACAAAACACAGAUAUUUUUGUAUUACGAAAGUUGGAAACUCACACUUGCCCUCGGGAUAUCAUAAUGUCUCACCAUAGACAAAUAGGUAAACGGACACUUGGAAAAAUAUUGCAAUAUAUGUUUACCGCUUCUAAUCGAAUCUACAGGUUGAAAGACAUUAUAACAAAUGUUGCAGAUAGGUACAAAAUAGAUAUCUCUUAUACUCAAGCUUGGCGUGCUAAGAAUUGGGCGUUGAAUGAGAUUAGAAGUUCUCCUGAAGAGUCGUUCAGACAAUUACCUAUAUAUUGUUACAAUUUAGAACAGAAAAACUCUGGCAUAGUUACACACAUUGACACUAAUAUGGAUAAUCGGUUUCAUUUUGUCUUUAUGGCCUUAGGUUGCUCAAUUAGAGCAUUUCAAGAAUAUUGUCGUCCUGACAUUUGUAUUGAUGGAUCCUUUUUAAAAGGAUGA